GGGCUGCUGGUCUGGUUGAGUGUAUUCUCUCCUCUGUACCAGGACAAGAUCACAUCUUUCCGGUUCUUCACAGUGCACACAACUGAACAGCUGGAGCUUUAGAGGAAUGAACCAUUUGUUGAGAUGGAGAAGGCUUGCCAGACUGAUGUUCAUGCUGCUAUAUUUUGUCAUUAAUGUACUCUGUGCAUCGCAGCAAACAGUCCAGUCUGAGAUUCAGCAGGUGAAAGGCAUCGUGGGACAGUCUUUCUCUUUUCAAGAGAGGGUGAUCAAGACUGGCAAUUUACUUUAUGGAGACCUUGGCAGUAUUGCAAAUGUGUACCCUGGUAAAGAAGGCAAAAUCACCCUUGAGAAGAGAUUUGAAAACCGCCUCCACUUGAAGAAUGUUACAAGAUACUUCACUCUGUCAGACCUUCAGAUAGACGAUGCUGGGGUUUAUACUCUGGAGAUAACAGAUGAAGGAAAAAAUGUUACAACAUUUGAGCUCACUGUGUACAGUGUUGUUUCCAAACCUCAGGUGACAGAGUGUGACAGCAGAUCCUGUAGUGUGGUGUGUUCUGUGGACAAUGAAAAAGAGGUGACCUUGACCUUGUACAGAGGAGAGGAAAUACUGAACCAGACCAGCAGUCCUAACCUCACCACUGAUCUAUCUCUCCGUUUGGAGGUAGAGGGAAAGGACUACAACUCCACCUACAGCUGUGUGGCUGCUAACCCUGUCAGCAAUGAGACAGUUCAUGUCCCAAAAUGUUGCAGCGAAGAUGGUCAUCCUAAUGAUGCAGACAGUGAUGGGAUGACUCUGGGUAUGCUUAUUAUUGCUGUAAUCUGCGUUUUGGUUGCCUCAGGGCUGGUUGGACUUGCAAUCUAUCUAAAGAAGAGGGGAAAUGAACACUCACAAGAUUCAUCCGAAAGAGUGCAAGUUGACAUUGAGUAUGCAACGAUAACUCCUAAAAAACGAACAGAUAAUCAGGAGGAGCGAACAGAUAUACCGGAAUUGGAGUCGCACAGAACAGAUAUACCAGAAUUGGAGUCGUGUAGAGAAAACCCUACCCUGACAUCAGUUUAUGAUACACUCCUGUUACAUCGCAUGGCUGCCAGCGGGGAUGUUGACACCUCUUGAAGGAGAAAAACGGGAAGUCAUUGGGAGGCCGACAUAACUCACAUCCUGGAAAGGACGGUAUGUCAUAAAGAGGACGUUGAAACAAAAUUAAAAUAAAAAAAUAUUCAUUCCAACAACCUUUUGGAAGCACAGUUGUUAUGGGAGAAAAAUCCCCUGGAACUUUUGCGCUGAUGUUAUAAUUUCAGGCUUUCUUUGUAGGUCAUUCUCACAGACCUGUCAAAUAGGGGCCUCGAUGACAUCCACUGAUACGGACCAAUUCAAUUGCUAUGCAUUGAGUUAGUAGCAGGAUCAGCAUAAUUCUUCUUUUCAAGUACCUUUUGGCCCAAAUCCCAAUGUAUAAGUUAAAACAAAUGGAACAUAUAUUUUUGUGUUUGCUAUGCUACUGCUGGUCCAAAGCUUAUUUUCAGUUAUGUCUGUUCUGUUAUUUAAAUGUAGGUGCCUCCCCUGUAUCUUUAAUAGCUGUUCAUUGUUUAGCUUGGCAGUGGAUAGCAGCUGUGUACAUAAUAUAAAAAGAGCAGGUCUUUGAGAUAAAACCACCUACUCCUUAGAAGCUAUGGCUGUUAGGCUCCUUUAGAAUCGAAAGGUCCAUAGAUUUAUUUUUUCCGUUCACCAUGUAUGUUGUAUUGAAACAUUUCUGAGGGAUAGAUCUUGAUUUGCAAAAUGAUCUUGAGUGACAUUUUCCUCUUCUUAUCGCUUUUUGCUAAAUGUUGGUCUGGGCUAAAUUGUAGCUCUUAAUUAGCUUGUUUUGUUUAUUAUGACGGACCAUUUAUUGAUUGUCCUUAUCUGUAGCACAUCCUCCCUUAAGAAUACAAUCACUCCCUCCUGCAGACACUGUACACUCUCCUUGUGCUCCACCUACAUUAGUGCAGCCUUUGUAUAUAUCUGUGCCAGCACAGGUUACUAUGACCCAAAAAUACAAAAUCUGUCAAUACCAUAGUGAGUUGUUGCACUGUGGGCUAUUUCAUUGUUAUACUACUUUAUUUCAGAGUAGUUACUGAGACUAAAUAUGAAGACAUAAUUCACUUUAACUAUUUUAAAAUAAUCUCUUGACUUAUUCAAACUGAUAAAAAUAAACAUGUUGUACUGAGCUUCAAUAUAUUAAGUCAAAUACUUAUCUAUACAUUUAAUUUAAAGUCAUAAAAUGUGUAUAUUUCCUGAUGUUUAACAGUCAUCAAUACAUCAGUACCCUUGCUUGAAAUAUAUACAUGUUUUUCAUACCCUAGCACAACCCAAACUAUGAUGGUAGAUUACUCCGUUCUCCAUUUAUGUGUUUGUUGUCAUUUAAAUCUGUGUAAACAAAUAAUGUAUUGCUUCAGAAUACCUGUGUAAACUGUCAUUCCUUGAAUCCAUAGCUGCUUCUGUAAGUUUGAGAGUGGAAACAUUUCUCCAGAGACACAACUCCAUGUUGUGGUUUUAAUGUAACCUACUUCUAGGGUCAAAUAGGAGGGACCACCGUAAUUGGUUGGUGGAUUCUCUAUUUAGCGAGCUUAAGUCUGUGACCUUUUGUUCUGUCACUUUGCAUGGCAGGCAGCUGUACAUUUCAAUUUUAAAAACAAUAAUGACUGUAAACAGUGAAUGACUAACUUUUUAUUUAAAAAUCCUAUACAAUUUCAAGCUUUGUUUUGAGGAAACGUUGGCCUUUUCUUCCAAUCCUUUUCCCCCAUCUAGUGGUUGAAAUUUUUAUAUUUCAGUAUACUGUAUACUGUACAUAAUACACAAUGUUUCGCUCUGAGACAGUGUACUGUAAAUUGUAAGUGUAUCUUAAAUCAUGUGCAACCAAAAUGUUCUCAAACAUGUCUAUGCUUUAGACUGUGGUCACGCAUUUUUGUGCCAAUGUGCCAUUAUUGUGACAUUAUUGUGAGUAAAAAUUAAUAUUUGUGAAAUAUGCCAUGUCCUUGCUAUUUUUAUUGUUUAAAUCACAUUUGGUAGCAAAACAUGAAAGCCUCGUUUAUCAGUCUGUGUAUUUCUGUUAUUUAUGUUCAUUUUAAUAGUGUUAUAUUACUGUAUUGUUGAUUUUGUAUUAAAGAUGUGUUGUGGUAGA